CACCGUGGCCUCCUCCAUCUGCUCAGCUGAGGCCUCCGGGAGAAGACGCCAUGACCCCCACCCUCACGGCCCUGCUCUGCCUCGGGCUGAGUGUGGGCCUCAGGACCCCAGUGCAGGCAGGGCCCCUCCCCAAACCUACUAUCUGGGCUGAGCCGGGUUCUGUGAUCCCAGGGAACCCCAUGACCAUCUGGUGUCAGGGGACCCUGAAGGGCCAAGAGUUCUAUCUGUAUAAAGAGGGAAGCCCAGCACCAUGGAAAUUAGAGAAGCCACAGGAGCCUGGAGACAAGGCCAAGUUCUCCAUCACACACAUGACAGAGCGUGAUGCUGGGAUAUAUCACUGUUACUAUUACAGUCCUUCGGGCUGGUCAGAGAGCAGUGACUUCCUGGAGCUGGUGGUGACAGGAUCCUACAGCAAACCCAGACUCACAACCCUGCCCAGCCCUGUCCUGACCUCAGGAGGGAACGUGACCCUCCAGUGUGGCUCAGGGCAGAAAUUUGACAGGUUCAUUCUGACUAAGGAAGGAGAUCACAGGCUCUCCUGGACCCUGGACUCACAGAGACAGCCCAGUGGGUGGUCCCAGGCCCUGUUCCCUGUGGGCCCCGUGACCCCCAGCCACAGGUGGAGGUUCAGAUGCUAUGGCUGCUACAGGAACAGACCCCAGGUGUGGUCACAACCCAGUGAACCCCUGGAGCUCCUGAUCCCAGGAGACGUCCCCAAACCCUCCAUCUGGGCUGAUCCAGGCCCCAUUGUCACCAAUGGGAGCUCUGUGACCCUCUGGUGUCAGGGGUCUCUGCAGGCUAGUGCCUACCUUCUGUAUAAAGAGAGGGACUCUGCACCCUUGGAUACCAGGAUCCCACAGGACUCCAGCAACAAAGCCGGUUUCCUCAUUGGCGCCAUGACUUCACACAAUGCAGGGCUGUACCAGUGUGCAUCUUACAGCACUGGGGACAUACUCUCUGAGCGGAGUAUCCCCCUGCUCCUGGUGGUGACAGGAGUGGGCGAUGCACCCUCCCUCUCAGCCCAGCCAAGCCCUGUGGUGGCCUCAGGAGAGAACGUGUCCCUCUCCUGCCACCAGGGGACCUACAGGUGCUAUGGCUCAAACAGCACCUCCCCCUACCUGCUGUCACAGCCCAGUGACCCCCUGGAGCUGGUGGUCUCAGACUACACAGUGGAGAAUCUCAUCCGGAUGGGCGUGGCUGGCUUUGUCCUGGUGGUGCUCGCGGUGCUGCUAUUUGAGGCUCGAAACAACCCCAUAAGGACCCUCGAUGCAGCCAGCAUGUGA